AUGCACCCUUCCAAGGCACCUGGUCUAGAUGGGAUGUCCCCUAUUUCUUUCCAGAAAUAUUGGAGAAUUAUAGGGAGUUCAGUUACAAAGUCAGUGUUGCUUGCUUUAAAUUCUGGUGAGUUUCCUAAGGAUUUAAAUUGUACUUUUAUUACAUUGACUCCUAUGAAACAAUCUCCUUUAAAAGUUGCUGAUUUUCGACCUAUUUGUUUUUGCAUUGUUCUUUAUAAGAUCAUAUCCAAAGUUUUUGCAAAUGGACUUAAGAAGGUUCUGCCUGUGGUUAUUUACGAGUCCCAAAGUGCUUUUGUCCUUGGAAGACAAAUCACUGACAAUGUUCUUAUUGCUUAUGUGCUCAUACACUUUCUUAGAAAUAAGAGAAGGGUUAAAAAAGGUUUUAUGUCUCUUAAACUAGAUAUGAGCAAGGCGUAUGAUAGAGUAGAGUGGGAUUGUUUGGAGAAGAUUAUGCAUGCCCUUGGUUUUGCUCCUAAUCUGAUUAGCAUCAUAAUGAAGUGA